CGACACUGUUUUCAUAUCUCUUCUCACAUAAGUACCUACACAACCUUUUCUUUUGCAGUAUUUCUGUGUCGUGUCAACUUGUUUUUUUCUGCACUGCAUUACGCUGUUUCUAACGACUGGUUUCUGUAUCUUGGUACCUAAGUUAUUAUUUAUACGAGACUCCCAUUAAAACAAACCAUCAGCUAUUCUCUGAAUAUCAUCUGUAUUUCAAAAUACAAGAAAAUGAUGCGACAUUCAUCUGCUUUACUUACAAUAUUGAUUGCAUAUUCAGCAUAUUCUUUUGGAGUUAUGAUCCCUUAUGAAAAUAAUACUGUUCUCCAUUACUCUUUGAAAGAAAACAUCUCUGUUACUUGUUCUGGUACAGAUGAAGUCACAUGGAGGAAUACCAUUACCCUGAGUAGGAAUUACACAAUAAAUGCGGAGACCCCAUACAGAAAACUCCUUCAAAUAAAAAAUGCUUCAGUUUAUAAUGCUGGGAUAUUCGAAUGUGUUUCAAAAAAACACAGAGAUGAGUUCAUGAGGAUUCUUAUAUUUCCUGAUGCAUCCUGUUACCCAGAUAAAGGAGCCAACCCAAUUUACACAAUUCCAAUUCCGAACUUGGGGUAAAUUUGUGAGUCAAUUGAUGUACGACGAGUUCAUCAAAUUAAUAAAUUUUAAAAUUGAUUUUGUGAUUUUGAAUCAUUAACACCUUCAACUUUAACUAGUCAAAAAUUAUCACAUUAUUAUAUUCAAUAUAACUACGUCUAAUGAUACUCAUAUGUAUUCAAGUGUAAAAUCAUAUUACCUAUCAAUUCAUGUGACUAUUAAAACUAUAAAGAAUCUGCAUGUAA